UUUCAAAUAUUAGAAGUGAGGUAUAACUUGAAUAAAUUAAAUGGGGUGAGGUUUAGGGUUUAACAUAUAAAAAUACCCUUACUCCAUUUUGAUUUGGAGCUGAGAGAAUUUGAAAUAGGAAACAGUUUAUACGGCAAAGGUCUUGUAGUGAGCUAGGCGUCAUUAAAGUUCGAAUGCGUACACCGUGUUACAGAUCGAUUUAGCUAUGAUAUCGUAAACCCUGCGUGUCUCUCUGCGAUCUCUCCCUCUUUCUGUUGCACUACACUUCGUGACUCCCGAUCUAGGGUUUUGAGAUCUGACGAAUUUUCUCGCAUUUCUUUGCUCCCAAACAAUGGGAGUGGUCAUCGAGAGCGAAGUAUGGGAGCCGAACCAGGCGCUGUAUAUUUUCAUAUUCGUAUCAUGUUUCCUCUCAAUCACUUGUCUACCUCACUUUUCGAUGAGCUCCAACAAAACUCCCACUCUCUUCGAUCACUCUCUUUCAUCUCCCCGAUUUCGGAGAAUUUUUCUUCUCAUCUACUGUCUCUCUUCAGUUAUGGAAGGUUUAUGGUCAGUGUCUGGAGAGUAUGAAUUGGCAUAUUACGGCGUUAGUAAGGAGCAAAUGGUGUGGUAUCUCUGCGUUGGAUAUGCUACUGCUCUCAUCCUUGGUAGUUCCUUGGGCUUGCUUUCUGAUUUAAUAGGUCACAAGAAAGCUUGUCUGAUAUUUUGCUUCCUGCACCUUUUUGUUGCCACGUGGAAGAGGAUUUUUGCACAUCCGACAGUUUGGAUAGCUAGUAGUUGUCUCUCUCUUGCCAGUUCUAUAUUUUCAUUCAGUUUCGAGACAUGGAUGGUAGCAGAACAUAACAAGCUUGGACACAGGCAAGACAUAUUGAAUGACAUGUUUUGGUUAAUGACUUUCUCUGAGUCUGCAUCUUCCAUCAUUAGCCAAGUUCUCGCAAAUUUGCUGGUUGGUCAUAAUGUGGUGAAACAUAUAAAUGCUCCUGCCAAUGCAGCUCUUCUGCUGGCUACUGUCACUAUAAUUUUUGUCACUCGAGGAUGUAAAGAAGUUCCACAAACAGCAUCAUUUCAGAAUUACAGAAUAUCCUUCUAUGAAUAUAUCUUUGAUAAACGGAUAUGGCUGUUGGCAUGGGCACAAACUUGCGUCCAAUUCUCCAUUUCAGUUUUCUGGAUGUUAUGGGCUCCGACUAUAGUGGCUGAUGGGCGAGAAGUGCAUCUGGGGCUGAUAUAUCCUUGUUUUCUGGGUGCUAGAAUGCUAGGAAGCACAGUGUUUCCAUGGUUUUUUAGUGGGCCAUUAUCGAUUCGGACUGAAGAUUGCCUAGAAUAUUUGUUUGUCAUAACGGGGUUUGUUUUGUCCAUCGUAGCUUAUGAUUAUCAGGAAAUUGGAGUUCUUGUGAUGCUAUUCUGCUUAUUUCAUGCUUGCAUUGGCAUAAUGUUACCUUCACUUGCCAGAUUGAGGACCAUGUACGUGCCAAAUGAGUUGCGUGGAGGAAUGAUAAGCCUUUCUCUAGCCCCUGCAAAUGCAGCAAUUCUGUUUUUCCUAAUGCAAAGAGGCUACUAUUUCAACAUCGGGAAUUCAACAAUCAUGGUAUUUGCUGCCCUUGGUCUAUUCUCUGCAGCUGGUUGCAUGCAUCUAUUGAAGCGAUGGGGAAAGCAACUCCGCCAAAACUGGCACAAAUUGUGAUCUUCUGCCCCUUUCCAAUAUCAACGUCCAAGUAGAUGGAGUGUAGGCAUCAUACAUUGCUGAUCUAUGGAAAAUGAGGUGGUGAAAAGACGGUAGAAGAAAUUGCAUGCCUUCGAAGCUCAACAAUUCUAGGAGAAUUUCAAAUAGGUGACUGAUAACCGAGCCCAGUUCAAUUUUGUCCUUGUGUUUUCUCCAGAGUCCAGCCCCACAUUCUUUCUUGUGUUGCACCAUGAGGGAUGUAAACUAGAAAGGAGAAGAGACUUGUGCCUAACUGCUGUUCAACCGCGAAAGCUUCUGUAAUGAAGCAUUUUUUUUUUUCCCCUAUUCUACAUUUGAGCUCCAGUGAAAGAGGUAGGCGAAGACAUUGGAUUCAAGUUCAUUUACUAAUUCAUACAACUGUCAAGAAAUCGAAUUGUAGAGAUCAUAAUCAAUUUUAUGGUACAUAUUGUGAUAUAUUCCUCUGCUUUUGCUGUAGUGGUGGCAUUUUGAGGAGAGAAAUUGGUAUAUAGACAUUUGUAAAUUUUAACCACAAAUUCCUUUGAUUUCAGAUCCAA